CCACGUAAACAUUCAGCGGCCUUGACCUUAGGAAACAUGGCUGCCACCGGUGGUACACGUUCCCGUAGUAGAUGCUUUAGACUUGCUAUGUUGUUUGUAUCUUUAUUUUGCUUGUAUUUUGCUAUCGUGUCGGCACAUGGGCAUGGACACAGUCAUGAUCAUGGCCACGACGAGCCGGCUUCUUUCAGAUAUAGCAAAGAGGCCAACGAAGCAGCUGGCAGAGAGGAACAGGGACAUGGUCACGCUCAUGGGGGACACGGUCACUCCCACGGGGGGCAUGGUCAUUCACAUGAAGGUCAUGGUCAUUCGCAUGGAGGACAUGGUCAUUCACACGAAGGACAUGGCCACUCACAUGGAGGAGGAUGCGGCCAUGAUCACGCCCAUUCCCAUGGUCAUGCUCACAGCCAUGGAGAGCCAUCUGGUAAAUCUGAGUAUUCUGUAGACAACAUGGACUCAGUCUGGGAACAUGGAGACCCAAAGAAAUCGCCACUGAAAGAGGUUGAUGCGUGGCUGUGUUUUCAAGCUCUAGCGGCCACACUCUUCAUCAGUGUAUCACCAAUCGUUAUCUUAUUGUUUGUUCCAAUUGAGAAUGCCAAUGACCCUAAACACCAGGACUUACUAAAGAUUUUGUUAAGCUUUGCUUCUGGGGGGCUACUUGGCGAUGCAUUCCUUCAUCUGAUUCCUCAUGCAGUUUCACCUCACAGUCACGGAGGAGAGGAACACAGUCAUUCUCACUCACACAGUCAUGGGGAACAUGAUCAUUCUCAUGAUAUGUCUGUUGGAUUGUGGGUUUUGGCUGGUAUAGUCGCAUUCUUAUGUGUUGAAAAAUUUGUGAGAAUUGUGAAAGGAGGGCACGGUCACAGCCAUUCACAUGGGCAUAGUCAUAGUGAGGGGGCAAAGAAAGAGGAUAAAAAGGAGGACAAAAAAUCAGAGGAGACCAAAAAGGGUAAGAAAGAUGAAGAAAAGAAAGAAAAAGAGAAAAGUGAUAAAGGAAAUGAGGAGUCUGAUAAAGAGUCAAAGUCAGAGGAAAAGAGUGAUUCAAAGGAGAAAAGCAAAGAGAAAAAGAAGGACUCAGAAAAAGAGGAGAGUAAGGAAAAAGACAAAGAAGAAAAAAAGGAUAACAAAAGUUCACCAGAUUCUGAAGUUGUUGAAGAGGAUAUAAAAGUGGCAGGCUACCUUAACCUGGCUGCUGACUUUGCUCACAACUUCACAGAUGGUCUUGCCAUUGGGGCAUCCUUCCUCGUGGGUCAAGGACUUGGUAUCAUCACCACAGCAACUGUGUUCCUACAUGAGAUUCCUCACGAGAUUGGGGACUUUGCCAUCUUAAUUCAAUCUGGAUGUACCAAGAGCAAGGCUAUGAAGCUACAGUUCACCACUGCCAUUGGAGCUAUGAUGGGUACCGUAUGUAGUCUAAUGGCCCAGGGUAUAGGGGAUGCCGCCACAGCUUGGAUCCUCCCCUUCACCGCCGGAGGAUUUAUUUACAUCGCUACUGUCUCUGUCAUUCCUGAGCUUCUAGCUGACACUAAACUUGGACAAUCUGUGAAAGAAAUCGCAGCCCUCCUAGUGGGGGUCUAUAUGAUGGUUGUGAUAGGUCAGUUUGAAUAAAUAGGAGGGAGCUGGAAAGAUCAGAACUUAAUUUUUUAAAACAAGAAUAUUCAAUUUCAAUUUGCUUUCUGUUUAUUUUGUCACAGUUAUAUUUUUUGAACUUGAUAUUUCAUCAUAUUUUGAAGCUUAAAUGUAGUGAACUUGUAGAGUAAAAGGUAUUUUAACAGUUAUGACCAUGUGGAUAACUUUGGAUGAUUGAAUUGCAUCUCCAUAUCACAUAGGUAGUUAUUAUUUUAUUCUGUACCAAUAUUUCAUUAACAUUAAUUAUGAAUGUCAGCUGUGAUUUCAUAUAGUUCCCAUGAUUUUAAUGAACAGGCACUUGAUGUUUACUUAUUUUUCUUUUAAUAGAAAGAAAUAUACCCCCUAACUAAUGAUAAACAAGGGUUUAUUAUUAGGUAGGGGGUAUAUUUAUUAAUUAUAAGAAAAAUAAGUAACGUCAGGUGCCUGUGUGUUAAUGGACUGUUUUUAAACAGACUGAACAAUGCCAAAACGAUUAUGUGUAAUUUUUGUUGUAUAGUUCUAGAAAUAAUUUGAACCAUGGUGAAAAGAAGAAAAAAAUUUGGUUCAAAUGCAUUUGUUAUGCCGGUAUAAUGUAAAAAGAAGUGCAGGUACUUUUGGGUGAAAUUAUUCUCUGUAGUUGCAUAUAUUUUUCUCUACAUCUAGUCAGUAAGGUCUUGUUGUGAGAGUAAAACAAGCUAAAGUUGUGAGAUUUCUAUGAAAAUAAUGGGUUUUUUAUCAUUCAGUUGUAAAUAAAGGAUGCUUGCCAAGAUUAAUAAUGAGAACGUAUAAAUAUUAUACAACUUGUUCAGGGGUUGGUUUAGAUAAAAUUGCAAAAAUAAAAUCACAACAUGUUUAUAUAGAAGUAUUAGAUGUCUCUAUGCUACAUUGGAAGGGUCAAAUAAAAAAAAUGAGCUACAGAAAUUAGUCAUACGAUGAGUUAUUUAAUUUUUUCUCCUGAGCUAGCUACAGAACUAAUGGUAAAUGUUAAGUAAAACACACUUCUAACAAAAGUGCAGAGGACAUGUCAUUUUCCUUACUAAACUUUUAAUAUCUAAAUAAUGUUUUGCUUAUGAAAUUGUGCUGAUUAAUAUGAAAAUGUGUCUAAAUAUAUUUGAAUACUAAAAACAUUCUGGAACUUCAUUUCUUUUCAUGAGGUGUUCUUUGGAGCAUAGGAUAAUAUUGUGGGCAACAUUGGUACUCUCUCAGUUCUGGUCCAAUAUUGAUGGAGUAUUGAAAUAUUGUUUACUGUAGAUGUUUAUACCAUGUUGCGAGUACCAGGUACACAUGUAUAUGUUUGUGCAUGUAUGUACAUUUAUAUGUAACAAAGUGAAAUGGUGACUUACUUCAGUGUUAUUUGGUGUGCAAGUUUGCGAAUGUGGAAUAUUAAAUUAACAUUUUUUUGAUUGUUUUUAAAUGCUUUUUUUCAAAAGUGAGUGUGAAUGUCAACAGAUUGGAUGUUAAAUUUGAUGAGUAUAUUUAUGAAAAGGUGAUAAAAAUUCUCUGUGCUUUAAAUGUGAGAAAGGUAAUUAUUCUGUGUCAUUAUUGUUUACAAUAAAACUGGUGACAGGUCAGAA